GCAAUGCGCAUGCGCGGUGUAGUAGCCGGUUAUGGCGGCGGUGCGUGCCUGUCCAUGAGGUGGGGGACGCCUGCUGUAUCCGCGGUCUGUGAUAGAGCGACCCUAACGACUCGCUGCGAUGGCUGGAGUGUUUGACAUUGACCUGGACCAGCCGGAGGAAAAUGUCUCCGACGAUGAGAACGAUGAGGCUCAGAACAGUGAUAUCAUGGAUCAGUGCAGUGGAUUUGAGUUCAAUAUGGACGACUGUGAGAAGAUUGAGAUCUCAGAGGAUAACGUCAAUCAGGGGACGGAGAACAUCAGACCAGAGUGCUUCGAGCUGCUGAGGGUGCUUGGAAAAGGCGGCUAUGGAAAGGUUUUCCAAGUUCGAAAAGUUGUUGGAGCUGCAGCAGGCAAAAUCUUUGCCAUGAAAGUUUUAAAAAAGGCUAUGAUUGUACGUAACGCUAAGGACACAGCUCAUACCAAGGCAGAGAGGAACAUUCUGGAGGAAGUGAAGCAUCCCUUCAUCGUAGAUCUCAUCUACGCCUUCCAGACAGGAGGGAAGCUCUACCUCAUCCUGGAGUACCUGAGUGGAGGAGAGCUCUUCAUGCAGCUGGAAAGGGAGGGCAUCUUCAUGGAAGACACAGCCUGUUUUUACCUCGCUGAGAUCUCCAUGGCUCUGGGUCACCUGCACCAAAAAGGCAUCAUUUACAGGGACCUGAAGCCCGAGAACAUCAUGCUCAACAGCCAAGGUCAUGUUAAGCUGACAGAUUUUGGUCUUUGUAAAGAGUCCAUCCACGAUGGGACGGUUACCCACACCUUCUGCGGAACCAUCGAAUACAUGGCUCCAGAGAUCUUAAUGAGGAGCGGACACAACAGAGCUGUGGACUGGUGGAGUCUGGGCGCUCUGAUGUACGACAUGCUCACUGGAGCGCCGCCCUUCACUGGCGAGAACAGAAAAAAGACCAUUGAUAAAAUCCUAAAGUGCAAGCUCAGCCUCCCGCCCUACCUCACACAAGAAGCCCGGGAUCUUCUAAAACGGCUGCUGAAGAGAAAUGCUUCAUCGCGGCUGGGAGCAGGACCAGGAGAUGCUACAGAAGUGCAGGCUCAUCCUUUCUUCCGACACAUUAACUGGGAAGAUUUGUUGGCCCGGAAGGUGGAGCCUCCGUUCAAACCUGUGCUUCAAUCAGCAGAUGAUGUGAGUCAGUUUGACUCGAAGUUCACCAGCCAGACUCCGGUCGACAGCCCCGACGACUCUACCCUCAGCGAGAGUGCAAAUCAAGCAUUCCUGGGUUUUACGUAUGUUGCUCCUUCAGUUCUAGAAAACAUCAAAGAGAGGUUCUCCUUUGAGCCAAAAAUCCGCUCCCCUCGUCGCAUCAUGGACAGUCCUAGGACUCUUCUAAGCCCCGGCUGGUCUCGCAGUCCUCUCAUCCCUGGGGUAGGACCGAGUGUCCUCCCGUCUCCUCUGGAGCAGGCCAUGGAUCUGUCCACCACGGAGCAGAUGGACGUCACAAGCAGCUCAGAGGCUUCGGCCCCUCUCCCCAUCAGAAAACCUGCUGGGGCCAAUCUGGCCCAGAUGAAGCAGCCAGCGUACCCCAUGGUGGCCAAACGGCCCGAGCAUCUACGUAUGAACCUAUGACCCCUGACUGACCUUUUCCCCCCCUUCCUCCCUCUGGUUUGGUGACAUUUUUUCUUAAAGGCGAACAAACAGGAAUGGAUGCUAGAGACAAUGGGAAUCUAAACUUCUGCACACCACAUGAACUGUCCCAGCCUGGAGGAUGUGCUUGGGCACUCAGGCAGACUGGAGGGAAGCGCUACGAGCGGCAUCAUUGCCUCACCACGUCUCCUUGGACACCUCCGAUCCGUCGACUUUUGUCUCCGGCGAUCAUUUCUCACACUACGGUAUGCUUGGAACUGAGAUGCAGUCAGUCUGCUGUACUUUAUGAUAUCCAAAGUGCUUUGAUCUGUUUUAGUCAAUGCCAGUAAACUACUGGGUGGAUUAUUUCACAGAUUGGUUCCUGGUUCUGGAAAACGGUCUGAAUUAGGAUCAUUGAUGAGAUGGAUUGUAAGAGCAGAUUAAAAGAGGCUCUACAAAUUAAAAGUUUUACUUUGUUUUACGAAGUCUUACAAAGUGGAUCCAUUUACUGUGCUGUGCAUCUUCUGAGAAAGCCUCUGAUGAAUAAAACGAUCAAGUCCUUCA